AUGGCUCCCAGAUUCAAGUUGGUCCGGUUGGUGGCAGGCACUGCCAUCACCGGAGGCAGUAGCAUAGCACUUUUGGCAUCCUAUAUUACGUCCGAUAUCGAGUUUGUCCCCUUGUCCGCCACGGACCCUAUCUUCCAGUCGAAGCACCUCCAGGAAUACAACCCCAAUAGCAAUCCCACAAUCCAUGACUUGCAUAUCGCCAGGGUGCCUUUGACCCAAAUCCAUCCUCGGCUUCUCGAUGAUCCGAACAAGCUUCUGGAACGAUACUGCGGAGGAAUAUGGGCGGGAGCUGGUAAGCCUCACAGUAUCAUAGAAAAUUUCUCUCCACAGCAGAUGUAUCUGACCCUUGGCUCUUUUCAUGACCCAGGCUUCGCUCCACAAAGAAUCAUGCACACGUGGUUCGACCGAGGCGAGUCGAGCUCUCCCCAGCUGUGGUCAACUUCUGAGCUUCUCCAGUCGGAUUACAAGGUAGGAACCGAUAUUGCGGGCAAUUUUGAAGUGGUCAAUCGGUCCAACGAGUCGAUUCUGAUCCGGGCCGGGGACAAAACCUCGAACAAAGGGUUGCGUCCUCUCGACGCUCUGAUCGAGGUUGGCUCGCACAUCGAUAGAGAGAAUAAUGUGGCUGUGUUUGAAUUCAAGUCGCUGUUCUUCCAAGGGAUCGGGACAACGAGCAACCCCCCUAUGCCGGGGCCUAUCGUGUGGUUGCAUGAGCUUUACGCGAAGAUCCUUUUGAAAUCCGGUGUCCAGCAUGUCCUUAGAUAG